GCGUGACAUUAAUAUUCUGAAGUUACAAUGCAGAUGUAGGUCAAGACCAGUCGUAACACCAGAGAAUUCUCACAUGAGAGCGUACUGGCCUAUCAUGAGCAUAUUCUAGGUCUUACUGUGACUGCGCUCGUCCGACUGUCUUCUUGCUCCAACGGCCGAGAAGGUUUCCUCGCUCAAUAAGUGUCAGCCAGAGUAAUACCCUAAACGUCCAACGAAAGUUAAGCUCGUAUGUUCGCUUCGAAAGUAUUAUUUCGUCGAUUUCUUGAAGGUGUUCUCCUUUCGGAAAGCUUCACCCGCUCUACUGUCUCCAGCCCGAAUUCACGUUCGCGAAUAUGGCGGAAGUUAUCCCAGGUCAACCCGUGCCCGGAGUGACUCCGCUAGGUGUUCCUUAUCAUAGCUUCCUGGGAGCCAUAUGGGGUGGAGUCGCUAUGUCCGGGUUAGCGCUCGCAUGCCGGCUUUACUCGCGGUUUAAGGGACCACGCAGACUGUUCUGGGACGACGCAUUCGCCAUCGCUGCGUUUGUCCUAGUCUUGAUCACGGGCGCACUGUGGCAGUGGGAAGCCAGGGAGAUGUACUACGUGAUCGAUGUGCAAGCUGGGCUCGCGAACUUCGAGCCGGACUUUUUCGAUCGUUUGAAACGUUGGCUCGUUGUUUCCCUGGUUGUCGAGCUCUUCUUCUACACCGCCCUGAUCCUGAUCAAAUUUGCGUUCUUAUUCUUCUUUUGGAGGCUCGGCAGCGAUAUCAACUAUUUCAGACACGUCUGGUGGCCAGUGGCCUUCCUGUCUUUAGCGAGUUAUCUUGGUUCCGUUGGAGAUGUUAACUACAAAUGUCUCCUUGGGCCUGAAGAGACGAUCAUGGGGCAAUGUACCACCUUGGAGGAAAUCGACUGGACCGACAUGACUCUCAAAGUCAACUGCGCCUUGGACGUUCUUACGGACUUUUUGAUUAUGCUUCUUCCUGCCAUCCUCCUCUGGAAUGUCCGGAUUCGAUGGACGAAAAAGCUCGCGAUAUUGUGUCUCUUCUCACUCUCCAUUGUGACAAUAACCAUUGCUAUAGUACGGGUAGCAAGCAUUGGCUUGACAAAGAGACCGGAUGGCAACGACGAUGUCUCCUAUUUGUGGCUGUGGAGCGCCAUAGAACCACCAGUUGCUAUCAUCGUCUCUUGCUUUUCCGCGUUCCCACAACUCUUCGCGCAGUCGACCCGCAAUAUGAAGCCGGCCUUCACGCCUUCGGAGACAUACCUGAGAAUGAUGUCGCGUAUCCGCUCGGGGAAGAAACACCAGGCCGACCAAUGGAUAGACCUUACUGCUGUCUCCCAAUCCGUCGACUUCAACCAAUCUCGCCUAGGCCCCUCGUCUGCUGAAACUUCUGUCCAGCAGAGCGUUGAUAGCUGGCAGCCAAUUCUUGUCCCGAAUGAAUCAAGGCUCAUUGCUCACGCAUACACGGGGCCGCAUCAGAACGCUGUUAGGAACCCCGAAGGCCAGAUUGAGCACCAGGUUGAGUUUGUCGUAACGACACAGAAAGGUUAAUUCCCAUACGGAUUCUAGGGUAGAUUGCACAAUAUUAUAUUAUGUGAGAGUAGCGGGACUUUGAGGAACAGUAGAUUCAUGUACUGGGUAUUUGUCAAUAAAUCACCCAGCAAUUUGGAGC